AUUCCUUCAUCACCUAUAACAUUACAAUCCAAUCAUAUUGCAAAGGCUUCGUUCACACAAAUAUUACAUACAAACUCAAUCAAUUUAACAUCGACGGGUUAUACCAAGUUACAAACUUCGUUGAAACGUAGUCAGUCCUUAUCAAGUCGUCGGUCAAAACCAAUAUCCAAUAGUUUAUCUUAUCUACACUUUACCUGGCCAUUUUGUAUUUCGAGGAUAAAAUUCAACAUGUUGGGUCCUUUGGCAAGAAUUUCAAACCAAUCCGGAAGGAAUGUAAUGAGAAGUUUCAUCAGGAAUGGAUCUAACGGUGGAGUUCCUGGCGAGAACCUGCCAUUCAACAUCCACAACCGUACAAGGCUCACGCUGAACUUCUUCUGGUUCGUUGGCACUGGUAUUGCUGCUCCAUUCAUCGUGCUAUGGCACCAGAUGAACAAGAACUAAACUUGGUACAAUUCAGCUGAGCAAAGUUAAACUUAAUUAUUGAUUAAAUAAUUUUGUUACUAGCUAUGUAGAUAAAUCUCAAAUAUAUCUUAUAGAAAAUAU